UGUUUAUAUUAUUAUAUUAUUUUUGUAUGUUUAUUUCAAUGUUAAUGCUUUCUCCACUAGGAAGCAAAUUUUUUUCCUGAUCGUAAAGAGGAAGCAAAAUGUUCAUGUAAUGAACAUCUGAAUUUACAUCUUGUUUUAAAUACCAACGUUUUUUUGUCACUACAAAUUUAAUUCUCAUGGACGCAUAAGUAUAAAAACCUGUUUUUUGUGUACGAAUGGUAAAUCUUAUCCCACGUGGACCAUGAGGAAAGUGGCGGGGAUAAAUUGAAACGGUACUUUUCGGUAACGCUUCAUAAGAAAACACGUAUACAUUUUUUUCACGUGAAAUAAAUAGAAAAACAAAUUGUAAACAAAUAAUUUUAGUUACAAAAAUGACAAAGGAUAAUAAACCUCAGGCCAAACUCAACAAAAAGAAUGUUUCUUUUACUGUUAGUGAACAAAUACUUAACACAAAAAUGAAAAUGUUAUUUAGAAUAUUUGUUUAUAUUAUUCUUACACCAUGUGUGUUAUAUGGAAUAUAUUUUCUAGCACAUGAAUAUCGAAAUUAUUUUUGUAAAUUACAAAUUCAAGAAAUAUAUCUCGAAGAGGAAAGACCGACUUUUAGGAUACAUACAAAAUUUUCUAAUGGCGAUAUUGGAUAUUUAAAACACGUCUUUCUCGUUUUGGAUCGAUUGGGUUUUCAACAAGAAGAAACAACUUCAAAUUGGGAUCUAUUAUGGGCUCACGAUUAUCCAUUUCAUAAAUUGAGGGCAAAUUUAACAAAUUUACAACAACAUCAGAGAGUUAAUCAUUUUCCAGGCUGUGGACAUAUCACAAAUAAAGUGGAUCUAUCAACAACCAAGGGAAAAUAUAUUCCAAUUUCAUUUAAAAUUCCCGAUGAUCGAGAAGAUCUUCUCUCAUAUAUUCAGAAAUAUCCUGAAAAAUCCUAUGUUCAAAAAUCAAAUGAUCAUCGUGGGAUAAAAAUAAAAAAAAUCGAUGAACUCAAUUUAACAAGCGAAGAAUCAUUUGUUCAAGAAUUUAUUGAUCGACCAUUUCUUGUCGAUGGUUAUAAAUUUGAUAUUGGUAUCUACACUGUAAUAACUUCUAUCGAUCCAUUAAGAAUUUACGGCUACAAAGGUGAUGUUUUAUUUCGAUUUUGUCCUGUCAAAUAUUAUCCAUUUGAUUCAGAAAAUAUCGAUAAAUAUGUCGUUGGUGAUGAUUAUUUACCAAUUUGGAAUGUGCCAUCGUUAAAGAAUUAUUAUCAAAAUUUGGGAUUUUCAAUGAAAGAUUCAUUCGAUGCCUAUGUAAGAUCAAAGGGUAAAGAUCCACAAAAAAUGUGGGACAAUGCAUUUGAAGCAAUAAAAGAGAUAGCAUUAAAAAAAGAAAUGAAAAUUCGUGAAGCCACUAAACGUUUUGGUGAUGGUAGAAAUUUUUUUGAAUUAAUGAGAUUUGAUUUUACACUAGAUGAAAAUUUAAAUGUCUAUGUUAUGGAAGCAAAUAUGUCGCCAAAUCUUUCAUCAGCUCAUUUUCCACCAAAUCAAUUGCUAUAUGAACAAGUUUUAUUUAAUCUUUUUGCAUUGAUUGGAGUUGCACGAAGAACGAGAAGCGAUACACUUAAAAUAAAAGAGAAAGGAGAAAUUGAAAUGGAAGUUGCUGAUAAAAAUUUGGUAGUAUUACCAGAAAUUUGUAAAAAUUGUGAAGAUUGUUUUCGAGUUGAGUGCCAAAUUUGCAGAUCAUGUUUUACAGACGACUGGAGAAUAGUAUUGUCUCAAAGUUUUUUAGAGCAUCAUAAUAAAAUGGAUUACAAAAGAAUAUUUCCCCCAUUAAUUACGAAAAAUAUGGUUUUAAAAGACUACACUCUGAGAAAUCAACUUCUAAUAAGAUGGUAUCAAGGAAAAUGUGAAAUUGAUCCCACAUGGUGUAACUAAAAAAUAGUCCUACAAAAAUGAAAUUGUGCCAUUGCAAAAUGUUUAAGAAAUUUUUAUUUAUAAAAGUCACAAACUUAAAAUAUUUUUAUACAGAGAAAAAAAAUAAAAUUUAAACAAAUCA